AUGGAUCAUAAGCAUUCUAUGGAAGGAGAUGCAAAUGGAAGCAUUAAUCUAAAAGGUGAUGAACUCCAAAAUUUAAGCCACACAUGCAGCCUAGACAUCACAAUAUUCGAGCCUCUUGGCCACGGCCUUAGCAGCACUACUUCCAACUCUGUCUCCCCAACAAGCAAUGCCCCCGUUCGAGCACCGGAGAAGAGCCUCACCCUCUUUGCUCUGCAGCUAGCAGUGCUGGAGAAAGCAGCAACAGGUCUGGGAACUCUUGGUUUUAUUUGGGCAACUGUUGUCCUCCUCGGCGGUUUUGCAAUAACCUUGGACAAAACAGAUUUCUGGUUCAUUACCAUAAUACUCUUGGUGGAAGGGACUAGAAUCUUCAGCAGGAGUCAUGAGCUUGAGUGGCAGCACCAUGCUACAUGGUCCAUCACUGAUUCUACAAGCAACAGUUUCAAGAAAGAUACAAAUGAGACCAGUGCGAGUAGUGGUACACCAAGAACACAAACUAGGAUGUGGAUCACUUCAGAUGUUCCUCUUCUUCCAUAUACCAAGUGGUUCUUCAUCUCAAGGCAUGUCAGUAGGAUCCUAUACUGGCUUCAGAUUCUCUCUGCAACAGCUUGUGUGGUUCUGUCACUGAUAAAGCUCAUCAAGCAUGAUUAUGUAGCAAUAUCGAAGGUACAUUCUCAAGAGAGAAACCGGCAAUCCGCUCUCACUAUCUUCUAUGCAUUGGCUUUGGCAGAAGCUUUGGUGUUUUUAAUGGAGAAAGCUUAUUGGGAGUGGCAAGUUGGUUACUGCAAAUUGUUGGAAAAGGUUAACAUGGAGUGUGAGUUGGGGCAAUUUGAAUUGCCUUCCAUUACAAGAUUCUUCUAUGAUGCAUACUCGAGGUGUGUCAAUGGUUGCAUUUUUGAUGGACUGAAUAUGGACAUGGUUAGUUUUUCUAUGGAUUUAUUGGCUUCACAUUCACCUGAUGAACAGUUAAUUGGAGCAAGAAUUCUGCGGCAAUUUUCGAUCAGCCAGCGCUUUUCGGAUGAUACACUGCAAAAGAUUGGGACUGACAUAUCUAUGGUGGGGAGGCUAGUUGAGAUGCUGAAUUGGACAGAUCACAAUGAAGAAGAAACUAGGCUCUCAGCCGCAGAGAUUUUGUCCAAACUCGCAGGAAAGAAACAGAAUUCGGUCCGAAUAGCCGGGAUACCGGGAGCUAUGGAAUCAAUUUCAUCUCUGCUUCAAACCAAUAGGAAUCAUAUUCCCGCGGCAGAUGAGAUUGGCGAAAAGAAACUCAUGUUUGAUCAUCAGAAUUACAGGUUUUGGACAUUCAACCAUUUAGGACUACUCAUACUGAAGAAGCUAGCACGUGAUCAUGACAACUGUGGAAAGAUUGGAAACACAAGAGGCCUUCUCCCAAAGAUCAUAGAUUUCACACACGCCCAAGAAUGGUUGCUGAAGAAUGAAAAUGUUGCUCCAUCACAAAUCCUAACAGUGAAGAGAUCUCUGCAGCUGGUGAAGAUGCUAGCCAGCACAAUAGGCACCACCGGGAAGCAUCUCCGCCUCGAGAUUUCAGAGAUAGUUUUCACAAUCAGCAAUAUUAGAGAUAUCUUAAGGCAUGGAGAGAAGCAUCCCCCGCUUCAGAAACUGAGCAUAGAAAUUCUAACAAGUUUGGCAUUGGAAGAGGAAGCAACUGAGAGGAUUGGAGGCACAGGUGGAGUGCUUAAGGAAUUGUUUAACAUAUUUUUCAAUGGCAGCAUUUCAGAAAGACAUAAGCAUGUAAGGAUCAUUGCUGGUGAGGCCCUAGCAAUGCUGGCACUAGAAAGCAGGAGUAACUGUCAUCGAAUUUUGAAAUUGAAAGUGUUUCAAAGGCUUAUUGAAGCAUUGGAAGAUCCAUUACUUCGCGUCAACGCGGCAAGAAUCCUAGGAAAUUUAUGCACAUACAGUGAUUCAGAGUGCUACAACCAGCUGAAGGGAAUAAAAGCUGCAGCUCCAGUAAUACUCAAGGCGAUAAUGUGGGAAGAAAACAAGAUUCAAGAAGUAAUGAUUGGACUAGCAACAAAUGUUUUAAGAUACCUGAGUUGUGACGAAUUGAGGAUCGUUUCAGAGGAAGCCGGAAUAACGGAGAGUGAACUCGCAAAGAAGUUGAUCAAGAUUCUCAAGAGAUACGAAUGUCCAGAAACAAAGGUGCCAAGAAUGAGGAGGUUCGUGAUAGAGCUAGCCAUUUGGAUGAUGAAAGAUAAAUCAGAAAACAUAAAGACGUACAAGGAUCUGGGAAUGGAGGAGGUGUUGGAGAGGGUACUGGAAACUACAUCAGAGCUUGAAAGCUUCAAAGUAUUCUCUGGCACUGUUGGACACAAUAGGCACAAUCUAUCAGUUCAAUCACUCGUAGAAACAGCACUGAAACUGCUACAACUGGAACUUAGUUAA